GUUGCAGCUAUAGUUUCUUUCCUUUUAGGCCCUGAACGAGCAGAGAAGAUAACAAUAUUUGCAGGAGAUGUAGUUCCUCGUAAAAAGCCUGAUCCGGCCAUCUAUCUUCUAGCAGCCAAUACUCUUGGUGUUGAGCCAUCCAGUUGUGUUGUGGUAGAGGACAGUGCCAUAGGUCUUGCAGCAGCAAAAGCUGCUGGCAUGAAGUGCAUAGUAACAAAGAGUGGUUACACUGCCGAGGAGGACUUUGUGACAGCAGAUGCAGUCUUUGAUUGUAUUGGAGACCCUCCUGAGGUUCAAUUCGACUUGAUGUUUUGUGCUAACCUCCUCCAAAAACAAUAUGUCAGCUCAUAGAUGUAAAUCUCUCAGGCUUGUCUGUCAAGCAUGUUACUAGUCUUUGCAUCACAUUGUAAAGAUAAAAAAUGAGAAUGUCAACAUGCUCUGUGUAAUCACUGUUGUAUUAAAUUGAAAGAAAUAUUGGAAAGAUGAGUUCCUGUUGCUAGCAACAAAUGCUUACUGAGAUUGCAGGCAUGCCUAUGUGUUCUCAAUGGCAUUUUUUUUUUUGUAAAUGUAUAUGGUCCACUUUUUUUGAACUGGUCUUACAUGUUCAAUCUGUUCAAUGAAUGGAAGCGAAAAAUUCAACUUGUCA